UGAGAGAAGCAGAUUUCUAUUUUAGGUCUUGCAGGACCAAAAUAAAAAUAAAUUAUCUCUCACAUCUUUGCCUUAAAAGAGGGCCGGUUUGAUGGACUGACAACGCCGCAUGGAUUUUCCUGUGAAAACAAAACAGUUAUGAUGCCAAAUUUAGGAUCAAAGAAGAAGGACAAUCCAUCCAGAUUGGACCGAAACACCGAUGACUUGCCAAAGUUGAGCAAUGAGAUGCAGCUAAGCAUCAUGAUGAAGGUGAAGCGUGGAGAAUUGUCCAUCGAGGAUGCUCUGCACCAGGCCAGGAUGGAACAGGAUGGGAAGCCGUUGAAGCCGAAGACAGUGGCUGAGGAGGAAACACAACCCAAACAGUACAACUUCAGUGUCCACAAACACAGCCACUACAGAUGGCAGAAGAGGGUUCUUCAGAUCGAUUUCAAGACCAAAAUGCUGUGCAGCAUUGAGAAAGGCAUCAUCAAACGACAACUUCCCUUCCACACUGUCAAAAGUUGUGACGAUGGAGUGGGUUCGAAGUUCAGCAUUUUUUUUAAAGGACAUCAUGAUUAUGAAUUGGAGGCCACUUCACUAGAGGACAAACACAAGAUGAUGAAGCUUGUGAAUCAGAUCAUUUAUGGGAACAUAUACAGUGACAAUGCAGAAACACGUGAGCAGCCUGAAGCAUCACAGAGGCUUCAGGAAGGCGUCUUGUUACUGCACCGGGGCGGCCUGGCGUCUUUCAGAUGGGUGAAAUACGAGGUCCAGCUUCACCCAGAUCAGCUAACACUGGUCCCCUCCAGGCGGCGAGGCCCCGAUGACGCUGAGGUGACAUCCCCGGUGCCCUCGUCCAUCGUGAUUCAUCUGUCAGGCGGCGACGCCAGUGUACAGAAACCGAACAGCUCCGACGCGUUCACACUGAUCACCCACAAAAAUGAAUACCAGUUCCGGGUCCCUUCAGAUCAAACAACUGCCGCCGGAUCUGUCCAGAUGGAGCGGGAUGCUUGGGUUCAGGCCAUCGACCAACUGUGUUCAGACUGGAAGAGGAAGUCCAAGAACGAAGUCGCGUUUGAGGAAAUAAAGGGCGUACGACAUCUCAGCAUAGCUGAAUACGCAGAGGACACCAAACCAGAGCUUGAGUCGAGCGAUGAAUUGGGUGGCAGUGACACGACGUAUCCGGAAGAUUAUGCAACGCCUGUUGCUAAACCUCUCAGCACUAAGAACACUGAUGUCAUCCUGCCUGAUAUUUCGCCUCCGGCCCCAUCACUAACCUCCCCUGAUGUCUUGGCCUUAUCGACGUCCACUUUCCCUCAACCGUCACCCUCCAACCCUAUCAUCACCCCCUCUUCCCCAGGCCCAGAGUGUCUUAAACAGGAGUCAGACACGCCAGUUGUAAUAGGGCUUCCCCCUCUGAGGAUUCCCCCCCCACCACCUUUACCCGUCCAAUUUGCGAUGAAUUUAAGAAAACCACUUACCAAGACUUUCCACUGGGACCUAGUCGGCAAAGAGAAGAUUGCAAAAUCGUUUUGGAUUCAGGAAUGCACCGGGAGGAUUGAAAUCGACACAUCGUGCUUAUACAAGCAAUUUGCCCUAAAAGAUCCCGGGAAGUCUCGUGCGGCUGAGCCGAGCAAUACCCAGCAUAUUAUGCUCAACCAGAAAGUUGCACACAACUUCAACAUUUUCCUCAAAAGUUUUCCAGUGCAAACGGGAGAGCUGAAGGACAAACUGUUCAUUGUUAAUGAGGACGAUGGAGGCCUGUCUGACGAGCAAAUCGCCUCUCUGAGGAGGUACAUCCCAACAUUGAUUGAUGUGGAAAUGUACAAAUCUCACAAAGGACCUGUGGCAGAGCUGCAUAUUGUGGACCAGUACAUGAUGGAGAUGUGCAACAUCUCCUGUCUGAGCACACAGCUCGACCUGCUGCUGACGCUGAGAGAGCUUCCGAUCAGCAUGAACGACCUUCAGCCCCUGAUUAACCAGAAGAUCAGAAUGUGCGCGCAGCUGAACAACUGCAGGGCAUUUGUUUCCGUGCUGGAGUACCUCCUCGCCAUUGGCAAUUACCUCAACGAGAACACCAGGAAGGGAAAGGCCAAGGGAUUCUGCCUCUCCUCCUUAACUAAACUCACCCAGCUCCGUGGGAAAGACAGGAAGUUCACUUUGCUCCAUGCCCUUGUGGAACAGAUCAUGUUGCAUGAACCGAGCCUGGCCACUUUUACCCAGGAGUUGGCAGAAUUUGAAACUGUCCCAGGAGCUUCCAUCAAAGGCCUGACCGCAGAAGUAGAUGUCCUGAAGAAUGAACUGCAGAAAGUCAUUCAGUAUAAAAAAACGUACAAGAAGAUAAAUGCUGGAGUUCAUCACCCAAUCUUCUCCAAAGACCUGAAGGCUUCAAUUGAAAAAUAUAACAUGGAUCUCUCUGCACUGACGAAGACAUGUGAGGAGAUGAAGAGACUCUACUCUGUCAUACUGGUUAAAUUCGGUGAACCGGCGGAUCAAGACUCUCAGGAGCUCUUUGGGUUGAUCUUUAACUUUGUCCACGAAUUCAAGGAGGUCCAUGCUGAAAGUCUAUGAGUUAUAAAACAACUGUAUAGAGUAGAAACCGCUGAGACAGCAGAUAUGCUGAUUAAACAAACCAAACAGGCCUUAUUAUCUUUACCAUAUUAGUGGUAAUAUAAUAAAAGUGAAAUGAUGCAUAGGUUUAUAGUUUUCGGAGCUGUUUGUAUUUUUUAUUCUGUGUACAGAUAUCUUAUUCUACAAUAAGUUAUGGAUGUUAUUCAUUGCAUAGAAGUGCAGUAUGAAGUAUACAGCGUAUGCACCUGGGCAAUAGGAUGUCAGUGUAAAUCAAUUUUGUGAAUAUCAUUCAUGUCAGAAGUUGGUUUGAUUUGGAUGAACUUUUAUUACAUUACAUUUAUUUUGAGACUAAUGGAGGAUUUGCAACUUGUGUGUUGUAAGAAACACAUGCAUGCUAAAAUGUGCCGCUGAUACACACAGCUGUCUACUGACAGAGAAACAACAACAAAAACAUCACUUUGGAGGCCCGCUGAAGGCUGGUGUACUUUGAAUGUCUGAUUAUUUUGAAAAUUGAAUUGUGCUGUGGUUGGGGACGUUUCCUAUUCCUGUGUUCCUGAAGAGCUCCGAGGCCGCCUGUGAUUAAGGAACAUGUACCCCUGGGCCACGACGAGAAACACAACAUUCCUCUAAAGACAGAAGGAUAUUUUCAGCUCUGGCUCGAUCCAAGCGGCAACCUCCGGUUCUGUUGAGUGAAGCCAUGCAGAAAUGUCUUAACACUUGCAUUAUCUCUACUGACCAGCAGGGGGCGACUCCUCUGGUUGCAAAAAGAAGUCUGAUUGUAUGGAAGUGGAGAAGAAAAUGACUUUACUUCUCACUUGAUUUAUUCCCUCAGUAAACAUUGUAAACAUAA